AGUCAGAGCAGUGCAGUUUGUAGUCAAGGUUCUAAUUGGAGUCAGGAAGAGGAAGCCCUACCCCUUCAUGAAAUUCAGUUGACUGAUGUGAACACAGCUAUUAACAUCCUAAGCCAGGGUCAAAUUAGUCCAUUGCGAUCAAGACUCAAUACAGAAUUGAUGAAUACUAAAGAACGAACUCUAAGAUACUACAAAAGGAAAGCACAGGAGACUUGCACAGCUCUUCUAGAUGCCAUUGCUCCUCAUCAAGGAGAGAUACUUAAGAAGAUGACAUUACCAAAUUCGGAAGCUAAUGAUGAUGACCUUUUUCGUGUUGUCGGUGAACUGUACCACAAUAUCAAGGAUGCAGAUGUGAAAUGUCAACUUUUGUCUCUAAUAGUAAAUAGAUGUUCAAAGGCUGAACUGUUGACAAGGUUUCCAGAGGUUACAAAGCAUCAGAUAGAUAAAGCCAGGAGACAUGCUUUCGUAAAUGGUCCUGGAUCAGGUGUUCAGCAAACAGUAUCUUCUCAACACAGACAAAGAAUCAAUUUUGCAAAGUUACAGCAUGCAGUGGAAUUUUUCAGUGAUCCAUCAUUCAACCAGAUUUCAUCAUACACUACAAGGAACCUAAAGCUAGAUUCUGGAGACACCUUAGUAAUUCCUGAUGUAGUUAGGACUAUGAUACAUUCAAAUUUGAUCAAACUUUACAACACAUACUGCGCCAGUAAUAACUUUGAGCCUCUCAGUGAGUCCACUCUAUAUGAAGUCCUAAAUGCAUGCAGUGCAUCAAAACGGAAGUGCCUGAAAGGACUUGAUAACAUUGCUGUUGAUGGAUCUUCUGCAUUUGACAGUCUGACUAGCUUAGUUGAUAAACUUGAUGAGCCUCAGCAAUGGAAAAAAGAACUGAAGGAAAAGCUGUUCAAUGCUCGACUGUACUUAAAGACUGACUACAAGCUCCACAUCAAGCGGGAAGAUGAAUGCGCUUUCCACUGCUUACAGUAUGCACUUAGUGACCCCAAAUCAAGCCAUCUUAGUGUUUCAUGUGACCAUGAGCAUAAUAAGACCUGCAGCAGGUGUAACUUAUUUGGUGAAUCUGUCACGGAGAUCCGCAAGGUCAUCAUAAAGUCUCCAUCAGAAGAGCAAGAGGUACUAUUGCAAGAUUUGGAAAUGUCCAUAACACAAGUAGAGGACUGGAGAUCACACAUCAUAAGAACUGUGAAUCAGGAUGACGGAAGGGUAGACGUGCUGCAUAAUCUGAACAACAACCAGGUUUUAGUGAUUUUAGACUGGGCGAUGAAAUAUUUGCCGCAGAUGUACCGUGAGAAAAUGAAAGACUUCUUUGGACAGAAAGGAGUACACUGGCAUGUGUGUGUUGCAGUUUUCAAGGAACAAAAUGGAAGUCUAGUGCACAGGACUUUUACUCACAUAAUGGAUUAUGUGAAGCAGGACUUCUUUGCUGUUCUUUCAUUACUAGAACAUGCAUUAGUAACUAUUAAACAACAGCUGCCACACAUUACGGAAGCUUACCUCAGAUCAGACAAUGCCGGAUGCUACCAUUGUGGGCAGUUAUGGCUCUCCAUACCAUCAUUGUCAGAAAGAACAGGAAUAACUGUGAAGCGUUUUGACUACAGCGAAGCACAGAGUGGUAAAAGCUACUGUGAUGCAAAAAUCGCCCACAUGAGAUCAAAGAUGAGGAUUUUUUCUUCAGAGGGCCAUAAUAUUUGUACAGCUAUGCAGAUGAAAGAGGCAAUCGAGAGUGGUGCAGGAGUCAAGGGAACCUGCAUUGCUGUUGUUGAUGUUGAUGUCACAAAGCAAACACUCACAAAGCAUUCUUGGAAGGGAGUAAGCUUUAUAUCCAAUAUAGAAUUCACCACGGCAGGGUUAAGAACAUGGAAAGCAUACAAAAUUGGAGAGGGGUCCUUCAAAGAUACAGAAAGUCUUCAGAAACUAGGUCAUGCGCAAUCUACUACCAGUUUAAAGAUCCUAAGUGAUUUCAACCACACUGAAGAACAUGGCCAAAUUCAUCUUAGGGCACCAGAGAAUCAACCAGAACCACGUGAUGAUCAAUCUGAUACCUCAGCAAAUGACGAUGAUGGUGUUGAACCUUCAGGAACAGAUUCUAAGUUAUUCUUUUGUCCUGAAUAUGGAUGUUUGAAGUCAUAUCAGACUUUUGAGAAGCUGAAUGAGCAUCUACUCAUUGGAAAUCAUGUGUUUAAAAAAGUGUCAGAAUCUUCUAGUGACAAAGCAAAGAAACUAUGGGCCGAAAAAUGUGAUACUGUGUUGGCAGCUACCCGUCCUAGAGUUGAUCAUGAGUCCGAGGCUUCAGACAGUGUAGAUGUGCCAGUUCUAGGAUGGGCUUUGAAGAAAGAAAAGAGAUACUGCAGAUUUUCUCAAAAAGUGAAGAACUUCUUGACCGAGUUAUUCAAAAAAGGAGAAGAAAGUGGUAGAAAGGAGAAUCCAACAGCUGUUGCUCUGGAAAUGCGAACUAUGAUGGAAGAUGGAAGAAGGAAGUUCUCUCCAUGUGAAUGGUUACAGCCAAGUCAGAUUUCUUCAUUUUUUUCUCGACUUGCAAUAAAUUCCAACCAAUCAAAUGUACUUUGUGUGGACAAAAGUGAGUUAGUUUCAAGUGACAGUGAUUUGUUAGCUGUUUUAGGUGAACUUCAAAAUGAGGAAGUUUUCCAAAGCAUAUGUGAUUGACAUAAACAGAUUACAGGAACCCUACUCCAUUAUUUCUGCAUUUUGAAUACUAGUAUUACUGAGACUCAUACUUACUUAGACAGGCAGAUAGGUAUUCUGGCAAUCUCUUAGCAAUGCAAUGUAUUUGAUUUUAUGUUUGCUGUGUUAUUGUUAUUUGAGUUUUUGCAAUGAUAUUUUGAUGCUGCACUAUGACUAUUGCCAUUUUUAAAACCUAAAGUAUUGUUUCUGUAUAACUGUUUUUCUGUCCCCUAGUCUGCCCAUCAAAUGCAUAUUUUGUUUACCUCAUUUUUAAAGAAACUAUUCAAAGUAUUUUUAUCAAACUUCA